AUCAUUUUCACCGAAGUAUUAACUUUUAAUUCACCUCUUAUUUUUCAAAGUGCAUUUCAUUUCGCCGUUUACAGAGAACGUAGAGUAAACGCUGGCUUUGCACCUUCUCUAUAUUGUACAUUCUCUGCCGUUUAUCACUGUCAAUGGAGCGUUUUCUUGUUUUGCUUACUUUUGUGCCGCUGUCAAAAGGUGAAAAACGACAUCGACGACGUCGGCGAGCAGCGAAUGACUUCGAGUGUAAAGUGGUGGCAGUGCCGCUAAUUUUUCAUUAAUUUUCUAGGAAAUAAACUUUGAUUAUUCGAUUGUUUUGCAAAAAGUAUUGAACGAAGUUUACUAAAUGUAUUUGUGGACAAAGCAAAGUGAUCGAGUUAAAAGUAUUGUAAACUUAUGUGUGUUUUUGUAACACCGAAAAGUGAACCCGAAGUUAAAACAAGAAUUUAAAAAUAGAAGGUUCUGCACCCAUACAUAUAUAGAGAAAUAAAAUAAUUAAUGUGAAAAGAGCUAAAUUAUAGCCACAGCAACCGUUAAGGAAAGCGAACAAAACGAGCGAACUAACGAAAAAAACAAAAAAAAAAAAACAAUUAAUAAGGGUGUUAACGAGUCACAACUGUGUGAUCCUGAAGCACAAAAACAAACAAUAGUAGCAAUCAACCAAGAAUUAAGUUUGAUUGCAUCGCUGUUGCAGUAAAAGAUUAUUCCUAAAAAAUUAACUGCUGCAAAAUGACGCAAGUUUUGCCAAUACGCUUCCAGGAGCAUUUGCAGCUCACAAAUGUCGGCAUCAAUCUCAAUUCGAUUUCGUUCAGCACUCUCACCAUGGAGUCGGACAAAUUCAUUUGUGUGCGUGAAAAGGUCAACGACACCGCACAAGUUGUCAUCAUCGACAUGAACGACGUCAGCAAUCCGACCAGGCGUCCCAUCUCCGCAGACUCGGCCAUCAUGAAUCCAGCCAGCAAAGUUAUUGCUCUAAAAGCUCAAAAGACCUUGCAAAUUUUCAAUAUAGAAAUGAAAUCGAAAAUGAAGGCGCACACCAUGACCGAAGAUGUUGUGUUCUGGAAAUGGAUUUCUUUGAACACUCUCGCCUUGGUGACCGAAACCUCGGUCUAUCAUUGGUCCAUGGAGGGCGACUCUACACCGCAAAAAAUGUUUGAUCGUCAUUCCUCGUUGAACGGUUGUCAAAUUAUCAACUAUCGUUGCAAUCCAUCGCAACAGUGGUUGUUGUUGGUGGGGAUUUCGGCAUUGACAAAUCGGGUGGCAGGCGCCAUGCAGUUGUAUUCGGUGGAGCGUAAAGUGUCGCAGGCAAUUGAAGGUCACGCUGCCUCCUUCGCCAGCUUCAAGAUGGAGGGCAACAAAGAGCCAUCAACGCUCUUCUGUUUCGCCGUACGCACUGCCAGUGGUGGAAAAUUGCACAUUAUUGAAGUUGGUGCCGCUCCAGCUGGCAAUCAGCCCUUCCCAAAGAAGUCGGUAGAUGUUUUCUUCCCACCCGAGGCACAAAGCGAUUUUCCCGUCGCCAUGCAAGUUUCCGCCAAAUAUGAUACCAUUUAUUUGAUCACCAAAUAUGGCUAUAUCCAUCUGUAUGACAUGGAAACGGCCACGUGCAUAUACAUGAAUCGUAUCUCGGCGGAUACGAUCUUUGUGACGGCACCGCACGAGGCCAGUGGUGGCAUAAUCGGUGUUAAUCGUAAGGGACAAGUGCUCUCCGUAACCGUUGAUGAAGAGCAAAUUAUACCGUACAUCAAUACAGUGCUACAGAAUCCCGAUUUGGCAUUGCGCAUGGCCGUGCGCAACAAUCUCUCAGGCGCCGAGGAUCUCUUUGUUCGUAAAUUCAAUAAAUUGUUUACUGCAGGUCAAUAUGCUGAAGCCGCUAAAGUCGCAGCACUCGCACCAAAGGGUAUAUUGCGUACACCACAAACCAUACAACGCUUCCAGCAGGUGCAAUCGCCCGCUGGCUCGACGACGCCACCCCUUUUGCAAUACUUUGGCAUACUGCUCGAUCAGGGCAAGUUGAAUAAGUAUGAAUCGUUGGAGUUGUGCCGACCGGUGUUGGUGCAGGGUAAGAAACAGUUGUGUGAGAAAUGGUUGAAGGAGGAGAAGCUCGAAUGCAGCGAGGAGUUGGGUGAUUUGGUUAAGACAUCCGAUUUGACUUUGGCACUCUCUAUCUACUUGCGCGCCAAUGUACCCAAUAAAGUCAUACAAUGUUUCGCCGAAACGGGUCAAUUUCAGAAGAUCGUUUUGUAUGCCAAGAAGGUCAACUAUACGCCCGAUUAUAUUUUCCUCUUGCGUUCAGUGAUGCGCACUAAUCCAGAGCAGGGCGCCGGUUUCGCUUCAAUGUUGGUUGCCGAGGAGGAAGAACCGUUGGCGGAUAUCAACCAGAUUGUGGACAUUUUCAUGGAACAUUCGAUGGUGCAGCAGUGUACGGCCUUCCUCUUGGACGCGCUCAAGCAUAAUCGCCCCAAUGAAGGAGCUCUGCAGACUCGUCUGCUUGAAAUGAAUUUGAUUUCAGCGCCGCAGGUGGCCGAUGCCAUACUCGGCAACGCCAUGUUCACGCACUACGAUCGCGCGCACAUCGCACAGCUCUGCGAGAAGGCCGGAUUGUUGCAGCGCGCAUUGGAACACUAUACCGAUUUGUAUGACAUUAAACGCGCUGUGGUGCAUACACAUUUACUAAAUGCUGAUUGGUUGGUGAGCUACUUUGGUACGCUGUCUGUUGAGGAUUCGUUGGAGUGCUUGAAAGCGAUGUUAACGGCGAAUAUCCGACAAAAUUUGCAGAUUUGCGUGCAAAUCGCCACAAAAUAUCACGAACAGUUGACCACCAAAGCGUUGAUCGAUCUCUUCGAGAGUUUCAAAUCAUAUGAAGGUCUCUUCUAUUUCCUCGGCUCUAUUGUUAACUACUCGCAGGAUCCAGAGGUGCAUUUCAAGUAUAUACAGGCGGCCUGCAAAACCAAUCAAAUCAAGGAGGUGGAACGGAUUUGUCGCGAAUCCAAUUGCUAUAAUGCCGAACGUGUUAAGAACUUCUUGAAGGAAGCAAAACUCACCGAUCAGUUGCCGUUGAUCAUCGUUUGCGAUCGUUUUGAUUUCGUUCACGAUCUUGUGCUCUACUUGUACCGUAACAAUUUGCAAAAGUAUAUCGAGAUUUAUGUGCAAAAGGUGAAUCCGUCACGUUUGCCUGUCGUCGUUGGUGGUCUCUUGGAUGUUGAUUGCUCCGAAGAUAUUAUCAAAAAUUUGAUACUUGUCGUAAAGGGCCAGUUCUCGACCGAUGAACUAGUGGCUGAAGUGGAGAAGCGUAAUCGUUUAAAAUUACUAUUGCCCUGGUUGGAGUCGCGCGUGCAUGACGGUUGUGUUGAACCUGCUACGCAUAAUGCUUUGGCUAAGAUCUAUAUCGACUCGAAUAACAAUCCCGAACGUUUCCUCAAGGAAAACCAAUACUACGAUAGUCGCGUGGUUGGUCGUUAUUGCGAGAAACGCGAUCCCCAUUUGGCCUGUGUAGCUUAUGAACGCGGUCAGUGUGAUCGCGAGUUGAUUGCUGUCUGCAAUGAGAAUUCACUGUUCAAGAGUGAAGCGCGUUAUUUGGUACGUCGUCGCGAUCCCGCACUGUGGGUUGAGGUUUUGUCCGAAGCAAAUCCGUAUAAGCGUCAGUUGAUUGACCAAGUCGUUCAGACCGCGCUCUCCGAAACACAAGACCCAGACGAUAUUUCGGUGACUGUGAAGGCCUUCAUGACUGCCGAUUUGCCCAACGAGCUCAUUGAGUUACUCGAAAAAAUUAUACUCGAUUCGUCGGUGUUCUCCGAUCAUCGCAACUUACAGAAUUUGUUGAUCUUGACCGCCAUUAAGGCUGAUCGCACACGCGUCAUGGAUUAUAUCAACCGUUUGGAUAACUACGAUGCGCCCGAUAUAGCCAAUAUUGCAAUUUCGAAUCAAUUAUAUGAGGAAGCAUUCGCUAUUUUUAAGAAAUUCGAUGUGAAUACUUCCGCUAUACAGGUGCUCAUUGAGCAGGUUAAUAAUUUGGAACGCGCCAAUGAGUUUGCUGAGCGCUGUAAUGAGCCAGCCGUCUGGUCACAACUUGCGAAAGCGCAACUCCAGCAAGGACUCGUUAAGGAGGCAAUUGACUCGUACAUCAAAGCCGAUGAUCCAAGUGCGUACAUGGAUGUGGUCGAUGUCGCCUCGAAGGCCGACUCAUGGGACGAUCUGGUACGCUACCUACAGAUGGCACGUAAGAAGGCGCGCGAAUCGUACAUUGAAAGCGAACUAAUUUACGCCUAUGCUCGAACUGGUCGUCUCGCCGAUUUAGAAGAAUUCAUUUCCGGUCCGAAUCAUGCCGACAUACAAAAGAUCGGCGAUCGCUGCUUCAAUGAUGGCAUGUACGAUGCAGCCAAAUUGUUGUACAACAAUGUAAGCAACUUUGCUCGGCUCGCUAUUACUCUGGUGUAUUUGAAAGAGUUCCAGGGCGCCGUAGAUUCGGCACGUAAGGCCAAUUCGACGCGUACCUGGAAGGAGGUGUGCUUCGCUUGUGUCGAUGCUGAAGAAUUCCGUCUCGCGCAAAUGUGCGGUUUGCACAUCGUCGUGCACGCCGACGAAUUAGAAGAUCUAAUCAAUUACUAUCAAGAUCGCGGUUACUUUGAGGAACUUAUUGCGUUGUUGGAGUCCGCUUUGGGGCUAGAACGCGCACAUAUGGGCAUGUUUACCGAACUGGCUAUACUCUAUUCGAAAUUCAAGCCGUCUAAGAUGCGCGAGCAUCUCGAGCUGUUCUGGUCGCGUGUCAACAUACCAAAAGUGUUGCGCGCUGCCGAAUCGGCACACCUUUGGUCCGAACUGGUAUUCCUCUACGACAAGUAUGAAGAGUACGAUAAUGCAGUGCUAGCCAUGAUGGCACAUCCGACGGAGGCUUGGCGUGAGGGUCACUUCAAGGACAUCAUCACAAAAGUGGCCAACAUCGAACUCUACUACAAAGCUAUACAAUUCUAUUUGGAUUACAAACCCCUGUUGCUGAAUGAUAUGUUAUUGGUAUUGGCACCACGUAUGGAUCAUACACGUGCCGUUAGUUUCUUCUCGAAGACCGGCCACUUGCAAUUGGUGAAACCGUAUCUGCGUUCAGUGCAAUCGCUCAACAACAAAGCGAUCAAUGAGGCGCUCAAUGGACUGCUCAUCGAUGAGGAGGACUACCAGGGUCUGCGUAACUCAAUUGACGGUUUUGACAACUUCGACACAAUUGCAUUGGCACAAAAACUUGAAAAGCACGAAUUGACAGAAUUUAGACGUAUUGCUGCCUAUUUGUACAAAGGCAACAAUCGCUGGAAGCAGAGCGUCGAAUUGUGCAAAAAGGACAAACUCUACAAGGACGCAAUGGAGUAUGCGGCUGAGUCGGGCAAACAAGAGAUCGCCGAAGAGCUGUUGGGUUGGUUCCUCGAGCGUAAUGCCCAUGAUUGUUUCGCUGCCUGUUUAUUCCAAUGCUACGACUUAUUGCGGCCCGAUGUCAUACUGGAGCUGGCAUGGAAACACAAUAUUAUGGACUUUGCUAUGCCGUAUUUGAUACAAGUAAUACGCGAAUAUACUACUAAAGUGGAUAAACUGGAACAGAACGAAGCGCAACGCGAAAAGGAAGACGAAACUGUCGAACACAAGAACAUCAUCACAAUGGAACCACAACUGAUGAUCACCGCAGGACCGGCUAUGGGCAUACCACCACAAUACGCGCAGAAUUAUGCGGCGCCGCCUGGUUAUGCGCCAAACAUGGCAUAUCCCGGCUAUGGAAUGUAGGCAACCACUACAAAAACACACUCAUCACCACCAACAACACCACUACAUUGUUGAAAGCUGAAAAACAAACUUAGAACACCAUCAAUAAUGCUGAAGAAACUAAACACACAUACACACACCCACACAUAUAUAAAUAUAUAAAAACGAAAAUUUAUUAUAAAGCAAAUAGUGAAAUAAACGCAAAAUCAAAAUUUCUUAUGUAAAUGUAGUUGUAGUCACAUCUUUAUAAAUGUUAUGCAUAUAAUUAUGGCAACAACAAAAACACUACAUUUUACAUACAUAAAACAUGAAAACAAUGGAGAGGAGUGUUUCUUGGCGUGUGUUCCGCAUAUAUUAAACUAUAUACAAUUAUACAUGAAUGUAUUACGAGUAAAUAUAUAUAUAAAAAUAAUUAUUACACACAUACAUUACCAUUAUUACAAUUACCAAUUAAAAUUAUAAUUACAAAUUGUUUGUUUAAUUAAUUUCGUGCUUUGUUGUCUCUUCUUUGCAUAUGGUAUUUGAAAUUUUAAUUUAAUUUUUUUGUAUUUAUAUUUGUACUUGAUGUAUUUAAACCCCUUUCUUUAAACUAUUACUUCAUUGCCUAUCAAAAAUCGCUGAACUAGUAUUUUUCAAAAUAGUUCAAAAAUAAAAGAAAAAUCUACUCCAAAAAAAAAAACA